GAUGGCUCUUGCUCACCAGAGCCUCACAAAGAUAAUCGCUCAGGAAGUGUUUCAGCCAAUCCCGGGCGGCCUUACACUCCGCUUCGCCGGGGCAGCCAAUCGGGGAUGAGCUUUUAUUAGGCGGCCAGAUCAUCAAGCCGAAGUGCCAAACCCUUUUUCUGUGAGAACUAGGAGCCUGUCCUCCAUGUUUUAUAAGUAUUGACAUUACACAGUGUUAACAAUGCAUCCACAGAGCUUGGCUGAAGAGGAAAUAAAAACAGAACAGGAGGCGGUAGAGGGCAUGGAUAUCUCUACUCGCUCCAAAGAUCCUGGCUCCACAGAGAGAACGGCCCAGAAAAGAAAGUUCCCCAGCCCUCCGCAUUCUUCUAAUGGCCACUCGCCACAGGACACGUCAACAAGCCCCAUUAAAAAGAAAAAGAAACCCGGCUUACUGAACAAUAACAAUAAGGAGCAGUCAGAACUAAGACAUGGUCCGUUUUACUAUAUGAAGCAGCCACUCACCACAGACCCUGUUGAUGUUGUACCGCAGGAUGGACGAAAUGAUUUCUACUGCUGGGUUUGUCACCGGGAAGGCCAAGUCCUUUGCUGUGAGCUCUGUCCCCGGGUUUAUCACGCUAAGUGUCUGAGACUGACAUCGGAACCAGAGGGGGACUGGUUUUGUCCUGAAUGUGAGAAGAUUACGGUAGCGGAAUGCAUCGAGACUCAGAGUAAAGCCAUGACUAUGCUCACCAUUGAACAGCUCUCCUACCUGCUCAAAUUUGCCAUUCAGAAAAUGAAACAGCCAGGGACAGAUGCAUUCCAGAAGCCUGUUCCAUUGGAACAGCAUCCUGACUACGCAGAAUACAUCUUCCAUCCUAUGGAUCUCUGUACAUUGGAAAAGAACGCUAAAAAGAAAAUGUAUGGUUGUACGGAAGCGUUCCUGGCUGACGCCAAGUGGAUUUUGCACAACUGUAUCAUUUAUAACGGAGGAAAUCACAAAUUGACACAGAUAGCGAAAGUAGUCAUCAAAAUCUGUGAGCAUGAGAUGAAUGAAAUUGAAGUAUGUCCGGAGUGUUACCUAGCUGCUUGCCAAAAACGAGAUAACUGGUUUUGUGAGCCUUGUAGCAAUCCACAUCCUUUGGUCUGGGCAAAACUGAAGGGGUUUCCAUUCUGGCCUGCAAAAGCUCUGAGGGACAAAGACGGGCAGGUUGAUGCCCGUUUCUUUGGACAACAUGACAGGGCCUGGGUUCCAAUAAAUAAUUGCUACCUCAUGUCUAAAGAAAUUCCUUUUUCUGUGAAAAAGACGAAAAGCAUCUUCAACAGUGCAAUGCAAGAGAUGGAGGUGUACGUGGAGAACAUUCGCAGGAAGUUCGGGGUCUUUAACUACUCUCCCUUCAGGACGCCCUACACCCCCAACAGCCAGUACCAAAUGCUGCUCGACCCCAGCAAUCCCAGCGCCGGCGCCGCCAAGAUCGACAAGCAGGAGAAGGUCAAGCUCAACUUCGACAUGACGGCGUCGCCCAAGAUCCUGAUGAGCAAGCCGAUGCUGAGCGGGGGCACCGGCCGUCGCAUCUCCCUGUCAGACAUGCCGCGCUCCCCCAUGAGUACAAACUCUUCGGUGCACACGGGCUCCGAUGUGGAGCAGGACGCCGAGAAGAAGGCCACAUCGAGCCACUUCAGCGCCAGUGAGGAGUCCAUGGACUUCCUGGACAAGAGCACAGCUUCGCCAGCCUCUGCCAAGACGGGACAAGCAGGGAGUUUAUCCGGCAGCCCGAAAACCUUCUCUCCUCAAGCGUCAACGCCCAUCACGACGAAAACGGACAAAACAUCUACCACUGGAAGCAUCCUGAAUCUUAACCUGGAUCGGAGCAAGGCCGAGAUGGACCUGAAGGAGCUAAGCGAGUCGGUCCAGCAGCAGGCGGCCCCCGUCCCGCUCCUCUCUCCCAAGCGCCAGAUCCGCAGCCGGUUCCAGCUAAACCUCGACAAGACCAUCGAGAGCUGCAAAGCACAGUUAGGCAUCAAUGAAAUCUCAGAAGAUGUUUACACAGCCGUAGAGCACAGCGAUUCGGAGGAUUCAGAGAAGUCCGAUAGUAGCGAUAGUGAGUAUAUCAGCGACGAUGAACAGAAGUCCAAGAACGAGCCAGAAGACGCAGAAGACAAAGAGGGUGGUCAGAUGGACAAAGAGCCAUCGGCUGUGAAAAAAAAGCCCAAACUGGCAAACCCGGGGGAGGUGAAGGAGGAGCUGAAAAGCACAUCGCCAGCCAGUGAGAAAGCAGACCCGGGCCCGGCCAAAGAAAAGGCCAGCCCCCAGCCCGAGAAGGACUUUGCAGAAAAAGCAAAAGCCUCCCCUCACCCUGCCAAGGACAAACCGAAGGGAAAAGAUGAGACGGAUUCCCCAACAGUGCACUUGGGCCUGGACUCUGACUCAGAGAGUGAACUUGUCAUAGAUUUAGGAGAAGACCAUACUGGGCGGGAGGGUCGAAAAACUAAGAAGGAACCCAAAGAACCAUCUCCCAAGCAGGAUGUUGUAGGUAAAGCUCCACCAUCCACAACGGCGGGCAGCCAGUCCCCACCUGAAACUCCGCUCCUCACCCGCUCCUCCUCCCAAACUCCCACGGCUGGUGUCACGGCCACCACCAGCACCACGUCCACCGUCACGGCCCCGGCCGCCGCCGCCACAGGAAGCCCGGUGAAAAAGCAGAGGCCGCUCUUACCGAAGGAGACUGCCCCGGCCGUGCAGCGGGUCGUGUGGAACUCGUCAAGUAAGUUUCAAACGUCUUCCCAAAAGUGGCACAUGCAGAAGAUACAGCGUCAGCAGCAGAGCCAGCCGCAGAGCCAGCCGCAGCCACAGUGCGCCCAGGGGACGAGAUAUCAGACCAGACAGGCUGUGAAAGCUGUGCAGCAGAAGGAGAUCACGCAGAGCCCCUCCACCUCCACCAUCACCCUGGUGACCAGCACUCAGUCGUCGCCUCUGGUCACCAGCUCGGGGGCCACGAGCGCCCUCGCGUCCUCAGUCAGUGCAGACCUGCCCAUCGCCACUGCCUCCGCUGACGUCGCUGCCGACAUUGCCAAGUACACCAGCAAAAUGAUGGAUGCAAUAAAAGGAACGAUGACAGAGAUCUACAAUGAUCUUUCUAAAAACACUACCGGGAGCACGAUAGCUGAGAUCCGCAGGCUGAGGAUCGAGAUAGAGAAGCUGCAGUGGCUGCACCAGCAAGAGCUCUCCGAAAUGAAGCACAACUUGGAGCUGACCAUGGCUGAGAUGCGCCAGAGCCUGGAGCAGGAACGGGACCGGCUCAUCGCCGAGGUGAAGAAGCAGCUCGAGCUGGAGAAGCAGCAGGCCGUGGACGAGACCAAGAAGAAGCAGUGGUGCGCCAACUGCAAGAAGGAAGCCAUCUUCUACUGCUGCUGGAACACCAGCUACUGCGACUACCCCUGCCAGCAGGCCCACUGGCCCGAGCACAUGAAGUCCUGCACGCAGUCAGCUACUGCCCCCCAGCAGGAAGCAGACGCCGAGGUGAACACAGAAACACUAAGCAAGUCGUCCCAGGGGGGCUCUUCCGGCUCCCAGGCGGCCCCCACGGAAACUGCCAGCACCUCGAAAGACAAGGAGCCGCCUGCCGAGAAGAGCAAGGACAGUGGCUCGACCCUCGACCUUUCUGGCUCCCGGGAGACGCCCUCCUCCAUUCUCUUAGGCUCCAACCAAGGCUCUGACCAUUCCCGGGGCAGCAAAUCUAGUUGCUGGGGCAGCAGCGACGAGAAGCGAGGACCCGCUCGCGUCGAGCACAACGCUGGCGCCGGUUCGAAGAGUCUCCUCCCGAAAGAGUCUCGGCUGGACACCUUCUGGGACUAGGGACAAGUCACGACACAAGCUACCCACCCCGUGGAGGAAGAAAAAACCAGACGCCAGGGCGACCGGAAACGGCCAGGAACCCUGAGACGGCAGAGCCCCCUGCGGACUCGGGCGUUCCGGACACCCGGACUUGGCCUUGGCCCUGCGUGGAGGGCGGCCCACACUACACAGCGUCUGGCCUUAGGGCGGACUGAGGACUGUUUGACCCACACGAAACCUAUGCUUUAGAUGUAAAUAAUGUACAAUUUGUGGGUGUCACUGAACCCAGAAUACCUUCCCCUUUUUAUAUUUGUAUUGACUUUAACUUAUAAAAAAAAAAAAAAAAAAAGAAUCAGAAAAAAGAAAAUGCCCAACAACAAAAAAGAAUGUUUUGAUGGAGGAGGAGGGGGAGGGAUGGUUCGUCAGCCCGUCUGUCCCCGCGGCGCAGAGACCAGGCCCUGGGGUCGCCGUGACGCACAGGCCCUCGACCUCAAACGCGCCGGGGGUGGAAAGUGAGCUGCUUUCAUCCAUUCGUCUGUACGCAGCGCCUCGGACAUCCACAGUUUCGGGCACCGACCCUGUGCCGCCGUGGGCACAUCACGUCAAGCCAUCGGCCCCUUUCCAGCACGAUGGCCCCGUGUCGUAAAAGGCCAAGCUCUCUGGAUGCAGAGAAGCAAGUUUACUUUGUGUGAUUGCGGCGAUGACUACUUGAAAAGGGAAGGCCCAGGCCCGGCCACGGGAGGGAACAGAGAAAGCGGUGGGCAUCCCGGGCUCUGGAACAAAGAGAAAUCUUUGCUUUGCUUUGCGGUUCCUUUUCCCCCGCACACUCACACGCCGCUAAGAGACGCUGUGCUUCUGAGGCGCGCGGCACGCAGAGGACCUGGGAGGGACGAAGCAUGUAUGUAUUAUUUAUACGAUGGGAUUUCACGUUGUUCUGUAAAAGCAUGUGCCGAGGCGGUGGGAGAGAACGCCGGCCGCGCCCCCUGCCACACUACGUCCGCGGCGGCACCAUUUUGUCUGUCGUAUCGAACAAAACGCAUCGAACAAAGCAAAAGGUCAUGUAUGUAUAUGAGAAAAUUAAUUGUACGAUAUCAUUCCAGCACAUUCUGUUGUAUAUUUUAGUCCCAUUUACUUUCUCUUCAUUGUUGAUAAGAGGAUGUGAACUGUACAGUUUCCAGCUAGUUCCCCAUAUUAGAGAACUAAAAAAAGAGUAUAGAAGAAACAGAACAUUUGUGAAUUGCAGGUGUCAAAAAAAAAAUAGCCUAGCUGGCCUUAUUUGUGAAGCCUAAUUGCUUUUAGCAUAUGGAAGUAUUUUUUCACAUUUUCUUUGUAUAAAAUUUGUAUUAAACUUAAAUAUCUUUUUCGA